GCCUUCCAUGAUGUCAUCGGCUGCUUUUACUCAGCAGUUGCACGGCUAUAAGCCAUGUUCUUUGUACGAAUCCGGGAAUUUUCAACAUCACUCAAUAGACUGAAACGGAUGGACUGUGAAGGAAGACGCAGAACGAUUGGAAAUUGGGGCAGUACUGGAGUGCCGUAUCAUUAUCGACAUCUUGUACAACGGGGACGAAGAUUUAUAUAAGAAAGUGAUUGAGCCUGCGGCAAGUAAUCUUUUCAUCAGCUCAGUCACCAGUUCAAUCUCAUAUAUAAUCGAAGAAAACCACCCAGAACCAUCAAAGCUCAAUUUUAGACAUCACUUCCUCUAAAACAAAUACCAAUCUCACUCACCACAAUUCAAUGGCAGGAGAACUCGUUCUUGUUACAGGCGGCACUGGCUUCAUCGGCAUCAAGGUGAUCCAGCUCGCUCUGAAGGCAGGCUAUUCAGUACGCGCCGCCGUUCGAUCCCAACAGAAAGCAGAUGCCGUUCUCGAGACACCGACAGUCAAGUCAAUCAAGCCUGGGUCUAGACUCACUUUCACCAUCGUGCCCGACAUUUUGGCCGAAAAUGCGUAUGACGAAGCAGCUAAUGGUGUGAGGUACAUCAUACACGUAGCCUCUCCAGUCAUCAAGGGCGAAGGCUUCCCUCCUGAACAGUGGGAGUCUGCUAUCGUCGAGCCAGCAAUCAAAGGCACGAGUUCCAUCUUGGAGGCCGCCUACAAGACCGAGGGCAUCAAGCGUAUCGUUAUCACCUCGUCGGAAGUCGCCAUUAUCCCUUGGGAAGAAUUCAUCGCUAAGGAAGUCGAUACUGUCUUCGACGACAAAUACGAAAUCCCCUUCCCAGCAGGACCGUAUUCUCACAUCUUCGAGGCUUAUGCUGCAAGCAAAGUCCGCGCUUUGGUGUUCACCAAGCAGUUUAUCAAGGAGAAGAAGCCAGAAUGGGACGUGAUCAAUAUCAUGCCCUCCUUCGUGAUCGGGGAGAAUGAGAUGAUUACCGAUCCGAAGUUGGUCUCCGAUGGCACAGUCUCGGCCGCUUUUGCCCAAGUCCUCGGAGAAGACAGUGGAUGGGGAAACGUGCCUAGCACAAGCGUCCACGUCGCUGACGUUGCGAGACUGCAUGUCGAAGCUUUGAAUGCCAAGAUUGAAGGCAAUCAGAGUUUCCUGGCUGUCUCCGAGGGAGAGCGAGGAACGAGAUGGGAGGAGGCGGUCGAUAUCGUUAACCGCAACUUUCCUGAGGCUGUGAAGAAGGGCAUCUUUCCCAACAAUGGGACGGCUAGAACAAAGAGGACAAAGGUCGAUGCUAGUCGGACUGAGAAGGUCUUUGGUUUCAAGUUCCAGAGUUAUGAGGAGCAGGUCAAGAGCGUUGCCAAGCAGUACCUUUCACUGGUCGGUGCGCCAGAAGCCUGAGCAGGAAAUGGAAGGUAGGUUUGGAGCAGCAGGAGCAAUAGCAAAAUUUUGGAGCAAAUCCAUCUUGC